CUAAACUUGUAAUAAAAAAGAAAAAGGUAUUUUCAUGGGCUAUAAAUGGAACCAUUGCUCAUACCUCUGUGGUCUCGUGCUUAUGAACUGAAGCGAAAAACAUAAAAAACCAAUUAUUGUAAGAGCUUAUUGUUAUUGUUAUUGUUAUUGUUAUUGUUGUGCUGCACGAAAUGUCUUCUCUUUCCGAUCUCAUCAAUCUCAACCUCUGCGACUUCACCGAUAAGAUCAUUGCCGAAUACAUUUGGGUCGGUGGAUCUGGUACAGACGUCCGAAGCAAAGCCAGAACAAUUUCAGGGCCUACUAGCGAUCCCUCAAAGCUUCCAAAGUGGAAUUAUGAUGGUUCUAGCACUGGCCAAGCCCCUGGCCAAGACAGUGAAGUCAUCUUAUACCCACAAGCUAUUUUCAGGGAUCCCUUCAGAAAAGGAAACAAUAUUCUUGUGAUAUGUGAUUCAUACACACCAGCCGGAGAGGCGAUUCCGACGAACAAGAGGCAUGGGGCGGCGAAGAUCUUCAGGCAUCCUGAUGUAGUAGCUGAAGAGCCAUGGUAUGGAAUUGAGCAGGAGUAUACGCUGUUACAAAAGGAUGUUAAAUGGCCCCUGGGAUGGCCCAUUGGUGGCUUUCCUGGGCCUCAGGGGCCAUAUUACUGCGGUGCUGGGGCAGAUAAAACAUUUGGACGUGACAUUGUGGAUGCACACUACAAGGCUUGUUUAUAUGCGGGUGUCAACAUUAGCGGCAUUAACGCCGAAGUCAUGCCCGGUCAGUGGGAAUUCCAAGUUGGUCCUUCAGUGGGAAUAUCAGCAGCAGAUGAACUUUGGGUCGCUCGCUACAUUUUAGAGAGGAUUACGGAAAUGGCUGGUGUGGUUCUUUCUUUUGACCCCAAACCAAUUCAGGGCGAUUGGAAUGGAGCUGGCGCCCAUACAAACUACAGUACGAAGUCGAUGAGAAAAGAGGGAGGUUAUGAGGUGAUAAAGAAAGCAAUUGAAAAAUUGGGUGUCAGGCACAAAGAGCACAUCGCCGCCUACGGAGAAGGCAAUGAGCGUCGUCUAACUGGUCGACACGAAACAGCUGACAUCAACUCUUUCUUAUGGGGUGUUGCAAACCGAGGAGCUUCGAUUCGAGUCGGGCGAGACACUGAGAAGGCCGGGAAAGGGUAUUUCGAGGACAGAAGGCCUGCCUCUAACAUGGAUCCUUACACAGUCACUUCCAUGAUUGCAGAAACUACCAUCCUUUGGAACCCAUGAACGUUAUGACCUCACUCUCACCAUAAUCUUUUGCCCAUUCAGCUUUCUAAUUUCCAAGAGUUUUUACCCACAAUACAACUUGGUUUUUCUUCUUCUUCUUCUUCUCCCCUUUAUGUUUAGUUGCAAAAGGGAAGCUUUCACUUUUUUCUACUUUAACUUAAUAUGUUUUUCAAAUAUAAAUAAUAAAGUUAGGAUUUUAGGAAAGUGGGUUUUGUGAAGUUUUGCCAAUAAAAGAAAUGCAGUUUGUGGAUU